AUGCCACUCGUCGCUCUGGGUUGCUUCCUGGGCAGGCUGGUGGUGGAGGGCGACGACCUGGUGCUGGUGCAGCUUCUCCGCGGCGAGGAGACGCAGACGCGCAUACCGCUUCCCAUGCAGGAGGAGAUCCUCGCGCUGCUUGCCCGGUUCUCCGCGUGCGAGGUGCAGCACAUCUACCGCGAGGGCAACCAGGUCGCCCACAUCCUGUGCCAGCAGGCGUACCACACUAGGACAUUGCACGAUCUGUUUUACUUCCAACUGCUACUCGAUCCGGCGUCCAGCAUGAUGUUCUCGGACGAAGCUGUGGCCGCCGUGGUGCCCAUCGUGGUGUACUGGACCUACUCCGGCGUGCACACGGCGCUUGGCCAUGGUCGGGUCCUGGACAAGUACAGGCUCAACACCAAGGACGAAGAGGAGAGCAAGAACACGGUUUCCAAGCGCGCCGUCCUCGGGAACGUCCUCAUGCAGCACCUCAUGCAGCUCGUCGCCGUCAUCGUGCUCACCCCGGUGAUAGCAGGAAGAGGGGCGAGGACGGGCGGCGACUCGUCGGCGGUGUACCUGACGGCGGCUCGGCAGAUCGCGGUGGCCGUGGUGCUGUACGACGGGUACCGGUACGCGUGGCACCGGCUGGCGCACCGGAGCCGGUUCCUGUACAGGCACCUCCACUCGUGGCACCACCGUCUCCUGGUGCCCUACGCGUUCGGCGCCAAGUACGGGCACCCAUCGGUCUGGAACGGGGCCGCGUACCACGGCGUGCACCACCAGCCCCGCGGCGUCAGGUACAACUUCUCCGACCUCUUCUUCGUCACGUGGGACAAGGCGUUUGGGACGCACAUGCCCUACGCCGUCGAGGAGAGGCCCGGGUCAGGCGGGGGGCUCACGCUCCGCCCGGUGCCGCCGCCCAAGCAGCUUUAGCUAUCACCAGCAACGCCCAGUGAUCGAUGCACGCCGCGUACUGAUAGCUGCAGUACUGGAUAGCCGUUCCAUUUCCAAAUACGGAGUAUAUAUGUGUGAGUUUGUUGCAGUGUUUGUUUCGUUUAGUUCUCCUAAAGAAGUGUCACGUGUGGAUUUGUGGACAGUGUUGCAGUCAUGUUGCACACGCCGUAUGUAGGUCGAGUUUGGUCGUUUGCAUUGUACUAUGUUGCAAAUAAGGCCUGCU